AUGGUUGUGGUAGCAGCAGAGCAAGCUGCCAACAUUGAAAAUGUUAGUAAUCGUGCAUAUAGUCCACAAAUUUCAUUUCUCAGUAUUUCAGAAAUAAAGGAAGCACAACAAGAUACUACUAUGGCAAACUUCAGUUCCUCUGAAUUAACCUACAAUGGUAGUGACCAACUACCAAUGAGGAAUUUACGUAGAAUUUCUAUUACUGAAUUUAUUUUAGAAAAAAUGUUUAUGCCAUCUUUACUAUUGUCUACACCAAUCUUAAUUGUUACGUCGUAUAAAAGAAGCAUCCAUCAAAGAAACGAUGCACCAAUUUCCGACGAUUUACAAAAAUUAAAGACCAAUUAUCAACAAUCUAUUCAACAUCAUACUGCUAAUGCAAAAAACCCGUCAAUUGAUAAUUUGAAAACCAGAGAAUAUUUUUUCAUUUUGCUAGAAAACGAAAUGAAAAUCAUAGACAAAAUGUUAAAAACUGCCAAAUUACUUGAUACACAAUUUCGUUUAUUAAGAGAAGACAUGCCUAAUCCUAUUGUUAUGGGUGUAUUGAGCUUUAUCACUGCAUUAUCAAAGGGUUGGAACACACUAAUAACGGGAUAUCUUCCGAAGAAAAUCCAAAGUGUAUGUGGCAGAAUACAAGUAUAUAGAAAUGUAGAAUUCGUUAAUGAUACUUGUGAUAGAAGGAAAGGUUUAUUUAUAUCUUAA